AUGGCGCGUCGCGUCACCAAUCUUUUGUCAUGGAUCGCAUUGAUCGAUAUCCUCGUGCUACAACUUUCCACGGUGAUGAUCCUGGCAUAUGCACCAAAGCCCGCAAUGAAGCUCCGGAUUGGAGUGUUCAUCCUAGCCUUGUGCCUUGCGAUGCAUAUCCAUUGGUCCUUUCCAUACACCGACUUGACAAUGAACCGUCUGGCGCCAACUGCUUUUUGGUUCCAGGUUCUGCAUGUGGGAAACGUAUUAGCGAUUACAAAGGUUGAAUAUUUGCAAGAGAUGAACUUGAAAAUCAAACUGGGGGAGAUCAACGAGAUAUCAUUUCGCCCAUGGAGUCGCAUUGCUUGGGCCUGCGGUAUGAUUUGGAAUGCUCGAUGGAUUGGAACGCGCUGGCGAGAUGAUCCAAAGCGUCGAGUUCCCACGAGAAAAAGAGCAAAGCUUCACAGAGCCACAAAUGGGAACCAUGUCGAAUGCAAGAAAGAAGAAACGGGUCGUUGGGAGUUCGUGGUCAAGAAACUGAAGACGGCAAUCGCAAUGUAUUUGGUCAUGGAUCUUCUUGGGUUGCCGGUAAUGCAGACGGGGGUCGAUCCGUCGUUCUUUUCUGUGGACAAGCAGUAUAUCUUUCGCAGAACAAACCACAUAACGCUAGAAGAGCUUGGUUUUCGGACCGGGGCGGUGAUGGGGUUUGGCCUGACUGCUUUUUCAAUGAUCACACUUAUGAGUAGCCUCCCGGCUGCCGUGAUGGUGGGAUUGGGCCUCAACGAGCCAGAAGAAUGGCCGACACUCUUCGGUCAUAUUUCGGAUGCCUGGUCUAUCAGACAGUUCUGGAGCGUGGCAUGGCACCAAUACUUCCGCCGAUCUUUCGUAUGCUACUCGGAAUUCAUCGCAUACAAAGUGUUGCACAUUCCCAAACCGAACAAGAUUUUGGCCCGAUACGCUCGUGUAAUGACGGUUUUCGUAGUAUCUGGCCUGCUGCACAUUAUGACGGACAACGCGCUGGGAAUCCCUUUCCGCGAAUCAGGAGCCCUGAGUUUUUUUGCAACUCAAGCGCUUGGUAUCAUGUUCGAAGACGUGGUAUUGCUUGUGCACCGUUCAAAGGAUGAACAGUUCCACCAUGGCCCGAAAUCAUGGACGUCUAGGUCUCUGGGUUAUAUCUGGACGGCAGCCUUCAUGGUUUGGGCAGCGCCGGUAUGGCUUUACCCAAUGAUGAGAUAUGCGCCGCCAACCAAACUUAGAACUGUGCCAUUUUCAGUGCUCAGUGCCUUAUUUGGGUGA